AUGGCUACGGGAGCCGGGACGGCGGCGGCGGCGGCCAAGAACCCUACAAAAACCCUCGCCACUCUCCUCCUCCUCGUCCUCUUGCUCGCCGACCUCCCGCUCUGCGCCUCCCAGCCGCCGCUGCACUCCCAGCCCCUGCCCGCCACGCAGUCCCCGGCCGCGCCCCUCCCGCCGCCGCAGCCCAGGGGCCCCCGCGCGCAGGCCGGCGGCGCGGCCCGCCUCCGCCGCAUCGCGCUCGGCGUGCUCCUCGGCUCGCUCGCCGGCUUCAUCCUCUCGCUCGCCUUCCUCUACGCCAUCCGCGUCGCCGUGCUCCACGCCGGGAACGCGCCGGCCGUCGCCAGGGGGCCCGUCUCCUUCACCCCGCAAAUCUCGCCCAAGAGCCUCCAGUGCGCGCUCCCCUCCGCGCGCCCGCUUGCACGCGGGCCCCGCGGGACGUACCACAAGCUCGACCUCGACGGCGACCUCACCGUCGCCGUCAAGGUGCUCGACCUCGCCGCCGCCGCCGGCGCCUCACCCUCACCCUCGCCGUCGCCCUCGCGGCCGGCGAGCGGCUCCAAGUCCGACAUGCGGAGGGUGCAGCGGCAGCUGGAGCUGCUCGCCCGGGUGAGGCACCUCAACGUGAUGAGCCUCAAGGCCUACGUCCGCGACGCCGACCGGCUCUCGCUCGUCUACGACUUCGUCCCGGGGGGCAGCCUCGAGGACGUGAUGAAGAGGGUGAGGUCGCAGCAGGUCAGCCUCAGCUGGGACACCAGGAACAGGAUUGCGGCCGGGGUGGCCAAGGGACUGCGCCACCUGCACUUCGAGUGCAACCCCAGGAUACUGCAUUGCAACCUCAAGCCGUCGAAUGUGAUGCUGGAAGAAGGGUUUGAACCGGUGCUGGCGGAUUGCGGCGUUGCGAGGCUGCUCGAUUCGGGUUCGCCUGAUCCGGAGUCGUCCGGCAGCCUCUACGCAGCUCCAGAGUGCUACCAAAGUAGCAGGUACACGGAUAAGUGCGACGUCUAUGCCUUCGGCAUGAUCCUUGGCGUUCUGCUCACCGGGAAAGACCCCGCAGACCCGUUUUUCUCAGGAGAAAGUGGACGGGGCAGCCUGGCUCGAUGGCUCCGUCACAUGCAGCAUUCCGGCGACACGAAAGAAGCGCUGGACAGCAGCAUCGUAGGGGAGGAGGUCGACGAGGAGGAGAUGGUGAUGGCCGUCAGGGUCGCCAUCGUGUGCCUCUCGGAGCUGCCCGCCGAUCGGCCAUCCAGCGAUGAACUCGUCGCGAUGCUUGCCCAGCUCCACAGCUUCUAG